CAUUUACUUGUAUUCUCAACGACGAACAUGUAAAGUCAUUCCUUUCUCCCCUUUUUGAGAAACAAUGAUGUUAGAAAUCCUGGAAAUACCUCAAAGAAACUUAUUCAUUUAUGGGAUAUUACUCUUUCUAAUUUUUAAAUGGUACAGAUGGCGGAAAAGAAAACUAAAUCUUUUCUCAGAACUUGGAAUUCCCGGCCCACCUCCCCAUUUUCUGUUUGGGAAUAUAUUAGAGUUAAAUCAGAAGGGUCCUUUCCAGUGCCAAUCUGAAUGGAUACAAAAAUAUGGAAAAGUUGUCGGCUUCUAUCAUGGUCUUAAGCCGAUUCUGUGGGUUGCCGAUAUUGAAUUGCUGAGAAAAAUUUUCAUCAAAGAUUUUAGUUUCUUCUCAGAUCGGCCAGAAGCAGUGCCACUUAGAGUUCAUAGUAUUUUGGAUCACAUAAUCCCUGCUUCAAAAAUUAUGGAUUCUGUGCUGAUAAAUCUGAAAGGGGAGCAUUGGAAAGAUAUAAGACGUAUUCUUUCUGCCACUUUCUCUAUAAACAAGAUGAAGCUGAUGAUUCCUGCUGUUGAAAAAGUAACAGAUGUUAUGUCAACCAUUCUGGAAGAGAAAUCUAUUCUAAAUGAAGCAGUGAACGUCCAUGAAAUGCUGCAAAGACUCACACUCGACAUAAUCUGUGCUCAGGCAUUUGCAAUGGACACGGAUUUUCAGAAUAAGACAGAUGAUGUUUUGUUUAGAAGCGCAGAAACUAUAUUUGAACUUGAAUAUAAAUCUAAACUUAUGUUUUUUGGCUUAUGCUUUCCGGAGCUUGGAAUAUUUGCAAUGGCAAUCAAUUUCUUAAAAAUGUUUUUUGCAAAUAAUGGCACAAUUCCACCUCUCACAAUAACGUCUGCAGUUGAAGAAGUAAUUAAACAAAGGAGAAAAGAUCCAAGUAGCAGAAAACCAGAUCUGCUGCAACUGCUAAUUGAUGCUUCAGCUGCAGACACUGACGAGACCUCUCAGGCUUCUGAUAGUUCUGGCACCAAGGGCGGAGAUUCUACACAAAUCAGAAGGAAGAGGAAACAUCUGACGGAUCUAGAAAUCAAAUCAAAUGCACUUGUUGUAUUUUUAGCUGGAUACGAGACAACUAGCUCUGCUCUCGCAUUUGCCUUCCAUUUUUUAGUAAAAUAUCCGGAAUUUCAAAAGAAAAUUCAAGCAGAAAUAGAUCAUCUUAUAAAGACAGAAGGCGAGUUAAAUUAUUAUACGGUUACGAGCUUGCAGCAGAUCGAAAGGGUUCUUUUGGAAACUAUGAGACUUUAUCCUCCGGCAGCAAAUUUUGUGAAUAGAAUAGCAGUGACUGAUGUAAACUACGAUGAUCUAUAUAUUCCUAAAGGACUUCAAAUCGAUGUGCCAGUUUAUUAUAUGCAUCAUUCUCCUGAUUGUUGGCCGAGACCAGAUGUCUUUGAUCCAAAUAGGUUUUUGCCAGAAAAUAGAACAGAAAAUCAAACAAUAAGCUAUUUUGCCUUCGGUAUCGGUCCCAGGAGUUGCAUUGGUGCGAGGCUUGUCCACAUUUCUACCAAAGUCAUAAUGGCAAAAAUUUUGCAGAAGUUCACAGUACUAAGUACAGAUACUAAAUACGAAACAAAUUGCUUUAUUCUUUCCAACAUGAGUGUCUGGAUCGCCUUGCUGUGUGUUAUUGUGAUACUUUGGUUAAUAUGGAGGAAGCAGCAUAUUUCGACAUUUAAAAAGCUCGGCAUCCCAGGACCUAAACCAAAUUUAUUGUUUGGAAAUCUUCUCGAGUUGUACGAGAAAGGUCCUAUCAAAUGUCAUGAAGAAUGGGUCAAAAAAUAUGGGAGAGUUUUAGGCUACUAUUAUGGCAUGACACCAGCAUUAUUAGUGACUGAUCCUCAGCUUUUGAAAAAGAUAUUUAUCAAAGAUUUUCCGAAGUUUAUAAAUCGAGAGCCAUUCAACCCACUAGCAAAAUACAGUCCGAAAGAAAAGGAACUUCAAAGCAUCCUCAUGUUACCAGGACAACCGUGGAAAGAGGUGAGGAGUGUCCUGACACCAACUUUUACCACAGCAAAAAUGAAACAGAUGGCAAGCAGCAUGAAUUCAUCCAUAGAAAUUAUGCUUGGAAUAAUUCGAGAACGAGCGGAGGCUAAUAAAGAAUUUGAUAUCCUGGAUACCUACCAGAGAUUAACAAUGGAUGUCAUAACUCGGACGGCUUUCGGAGUUAGAACGGAUGUUCAGAAGAAUUUCAAAUCGAAACUUCUUCGAGCCGUUCAGGUACUAUUUAGAAGUCGUUAUAAGGAUCCAAUCAUUUUCCUUGGACUAACUUUACCAUUCCUAAGACGCCUGUGCCUGAAAUUGCAAGAUCUUGUAUUAGGAAUCUUGAAUAAAGGUACGAAACCAGCCAAAAUGCUGCGAAAUAAUCUUAUACAAGUUCUUCAGCAUCGAAGGAAUAAUCCACAGGUUACAAAGUCAGACCUUCUGCAGCUAAUGAUUGAUACUAAGAUCGUUACCGAAAAAAAAGACAUAGAUAUUACCAGACUGGAAGCUGGAGACGCUGAAAAUGAAGAAAAAGCGGAUAAGGAAGAAAACUUGAAUAAGAAGAUAAGAUAUAUGAGCGACGAUGAAAUUAUUUCAAGUGCAUUUAUUGUUUUAUUAGCUGGCUAUGAAACGACAAGUACAGCUCUUUCAUUUACAACAUACUUACUUGCUAAAUAUCCAGAAAUCCAAGAAAAGGCUUUUGAAGAAAUCGAUAAUCUCAUAAAAAGCGGUCAUGAUUUGGAGUACGCUACAGUAAACAAGCUGCCAUAUUUAGACAAAGUACUUAAUGAAUCCAUGAGGAUUUAUCCGCCAGUAUAUUUGUUUACAAAUCGUUACGCAGUGGAAGAUGUGCAAUAUAAUGAACUACGUAUUCCUAAAGGUAUGCUAAUUCAGGCUCCAGUUUAUUUGAUACAUCAUGAUUCAGAAUUUUGGCCUGAUCCUGAAGUUUUUGAUCCUGAAAGAUUCAACAAGAAGCCAAAUUCUGACGGAAUUACGUAUUUGCCAUUUGGUAUUGGACCCCGAAAUUGUUUAGGCAUGCGUUUUGCACAACUGGAAGCAAAACUUGCUCUGGCACACAUUAUAUACAAUUUUCGGAUACAUCUUAGUGAUAAGCAAAAGGAUUACUUCAGAACAAGUCUUCGAAUACGAACCAUUACGCCAAAAAAUGGUGUUUUAGUAAGAAUGGAACGCAGAGAAUUGGAAACAAGCAUAUAAGUGAUUUCGGAAAAUUCGAUUUGCACAUUGUCAUCUAUUCAAACUCUUCUUCAUGUUAAAUAAAUAGUCUUGCAGCAAUUAAGAAAAAUAAAUAUGUACUACAUUUUUUUAAUUAUUUUUGUGCUUUGAAACAACGAUGAUAUAACUAAGAACCUUAACUUCUGAAAUUAAAAAAGUGUUUUAAAUAUA